AGAGAUUCCGUCGUCGGUGGAGUGGCACUUCUUGCAUGACGGGCUAAAAUUAUUGAACCGACUUGCACAAGCGACAGGCAGCGUUUAGGGCAAGCCGGAACCCCCAGCUCAGACCCGCGUAUAUUUUGACAGCGGCCUCGGAGAAACUCACAGAACACAUCGUCAACUACCAGCCACCGAGGACGGAACGUGUGAGGCAACCAGAACAGAUAAAGGGAGGACACUAUAGAUGUAUCUUUGGUUUUAUUUUUUGACAGUUCAAUUUUGCCAAUGGCAAGCGGACCAGAUAACGAACAGAUGAGACACGCAGACGAUGAAAAAUACAGUCGUAGGGUCCCAUAGUAGAUCUAAAAGUAAUAACCAUGUUAGACACGUUCUGAUAGGGUUAGGGUUGCUGCUCUUGAACUCAUGCCACCUAUCCGCGAUAAGUUCACAAUCCAUUCAAGAGCGGUGGUCUGCCAAGAUGUGGAGUUAAAGGGAGACAUCACCAUCGGGCCAGGCACAGUCGUACACCCCAAAGCCACCAUCUUCGCAAUAGCUGGUCCCAUCGUAAUUGGUUCAGGUUGUAUCAUAGAAGAGGCCGCUAUAAUAGUCAAUCGCCGCAAAGAAGUGAUGAGAGUUGGUGACAACAAUUUGUUCGAGAUUGGCUGUCGCGUCGAAUGUCCAUCCGUUGGUAACUUCAACACUAUAUCUACGCGUGCACGCGUCCACCAUACUGUUCGAAUAUCAAAUUACUGCGUCAUUGGUGCUGCAUGCCUCGUAGUUCCUACAGACGACGAGACCCUCGACGACUACACGUCCAUAUUCGGACCCGCUGCAGAAAGAAGGAUUUGGAGUGGAAGGGGGCGGAUUCAAGAGGCUGAUUUGAGAUUGAAACAUGCAGAGUAUCUUCGUGAGAUGCUACCAAAGUUCAAUCGACUACGAAGGGGAGAUGGCGCUUAACGUCUUUGUGCACGUUCUUAUUGCCUCUGCCUCGGAUUGACAGGAGCACUAGUUGUGCAUGUUGGAGUAUCAUCGGGUACAUUCGUUAUUGUACGGGCAUCAACGACAUCGA